ACCUCGUUGCAACGUCUCCUCAUUCACACUGUACGGAGGAAGGUGUUGUUUAUCUUCUUCGUUUAUCCUGACAUCAGUACACCUGUGAACAUUCACGAAAAUGCCUACCCAAGCUGGCGCUCCCAGUGGCACUUCUACAAUUGUGGAUGAUCCCACGGACCAUUGCAAUAGGCCAAACGGCAACAACGUACGUUUCUGUGUUCCGGAGUACGCGAAACACCAUAAAAUACAGCGCAAGUACAACAAAUUCGUCCUCGACUUUUGCCAACUGGCCUUCAGCGCAGAGCCAGACCCAUCGCAACAGUUCCUCGACGUAGGCUGUGGCACAGGUGACUUCACCCGGGACGUCUUGAUGCCUCAGUGCCUUCCCUGUCGGAGAAUCGUGGGCGUCGACUGCUCCCGAGAAAUGGUCGAGUACGCUAGACGCAACUCGGCCCACGAGAAGAUUGGCUUCGAAGUACUCGACAUCUGCGGUGACGUCACGCAGUUUCUAGAAGAGUUCGGUCAGUUUGAAAGAGUAUACUCUUUCUUCUGUCUUCACUGGGUGAGUGACAUCAGCGCAGCGUUCAAGAACAUCGGCAGGCUUAUGUCGUCUACGGGCGAAUGUCUCCUCGUGUUUUUCGCAGCCCACCAGCCGGCGGAACUUUGGAAGGUUGCUGCGAGAAUGGAACCGUGGGCAAAGUACUCGGAGACGCUGCUGAAGGCCAUUCCGAAAACGCAAGAUAUGAAGAAAAGGGAUAUGUUGCGACUUGUCUCCAGACUUUUGCGAGAGGCUGAACUUUUCCCGACCAUUAUGGAAGCUCUAACAUCGACAGUGUUGGAUGGAUGGAGUGAAGAAGAAAUCAUAGAUGUGUAUAAGGGUAUUUCCCCCAUAACCCAUCUGCUCACAGACGAGGAAAAACCUGCGUAUGAUACCUUUAUUCGAGAUCAAGUCCGAAAGCUGCACGCUCCCGAAGCUGGCAGAGGCCACUACCCAAUGUUCGUAGUGAAGGCAUCGAAAGCUCCUCCAGAGGAUCAAUGAAAAAUCUCAACGUGAGCAGUCACGUGCGACAUGGGCAAGCAAGUCUUAAGAAGGCUCAAGAUACCGGCACAUCGUUCAUGGACACACAC